GCUGGCGUCCCCAGAGUCUGCAGCGGGCAGCAGUGACGGCCCCGCCAGUGACGGCCCCGGCGCUGACGGCGGCGACCGGGGGGGCGGCGUGGACGCCCGCGGCGCCGGCUGGGGCAUCACCGCGGGCCUCGACCCCGAAAUGGCGCUGCUGGCCGAGCACCUGCUGAAGCCGCUGCCUGCGGACAAGCAGAUCGAGACCGGGCCCUUCCUCGAGGCGGUGUCCCACCUGCCGCCCUUCUUCGAUUGCCUGGGGUCCCCGGUGUUUACACCCAUCAAGGCGGACAUAAGUGGCAACAUCACGAAAAUCAAAGCCGUGUAUGACACCGACCCGGCCAAGUUCCGGACCCUGCAGAACAUCCUGGAGGUGGAGAAGGAGAUGUAUGGGGCAGAGUGGCCCAAAGUGGGGGCCACGCUGGCGCUGAUGUGGCUGAAAAGAGGCCUCCGCUUCAUCCAGGUCUUCCUCCAGAGCAUCUGUGACGGCGAGCGGGACGAGAACCACCCCAACCUCAUCCGCGUCAACGCCACCAAGGCCUACGAGAUGGCCCUCAAGAAGUACCACGGCUGGAUUGUGCAGAAGAUCUUCCAGGCCGCGCUGUAUGCAGCACCCUACAAGUCCGACUUCCUGAAAGCGCUCUCCAAGGGACAGAAUGUGACAGAGGAGGAGUGCCUGGAGAAGGUCCGCCUCUUCCUGGUCAACUACACAGCCACCAUCGACGUCAUCUACGAGAUGUACACCAAGAUGAACGCCGAGCUCAACUACAAGGUGUAGGCGUGCCCAGUGGCGGGCACCCCGGGCCACCGCCGCUGCGCACGCGGCCACGCGCAGAAACAGACAAACCAGAAUCGCUGUGAAUCCAGCUGGCGGGCUGCCCCCGGCCUGUGUCCCCCUCCACGGCCCAGAGCCUGGCUGGGGUCUGCAGGGGAGGGCCUUGGCUUGGUAAAAGUCAUUUUGGGGUCUAAACUAAGGGAGCAAUAAAUAACGAUCCUACUUCUGAAUCACCUUUGAAUUUCACAACAGCACAGACUGACUGUACCUUCAUUUCAGUGUGGUAAAAAUCGAUUAACGUUGCUAAUGAAUCAAGUCCUAGGGUUUUUUUGUGUCCCCCCCAUGUGGUACAUGACUUUGCGGGGGUCCUGUCAUACUGUACCCCUCACUUUAAAAACGAGGAACUGGCACGAUGAUGUUGGGGUGUUUUAAGGACCAUGCAGAGUUGGAUUUGACUUGCGCAAGGCCCCUGCCGUGCAUUUGUAAGCUGACUGGUGAGUGUUCUCACAUGGCCGCAGUGCCGGCCCCGACCACUGUCCUCCUGGACCUGCUCUUUCCUACUGUCUUUUUUCCAGACAGGUUUUUAUAGCUGAAAACAACCAGCAAGCCUUUGAUGACUGUGACCAAGGGGACUUUAUUUUAAAGUUAUCAGGUACAAAUAAUUGACCAGAGAUGACGGAAUUUGCAUUCUUCUGCAUAAUUACUUUCUUCAGGGACAGCUUUUCCAGCCUAAGAAACCACCUGCCCUGUGUGUUCUCUCUCCGGGAGGCCACGGGAACGCCUCGCUGCCUUACCUGUCCUUCCUGGCGCUAAAAAGAGCUGUAUUUUUGGAAGUGUUGGGGGUGAACAGAGGAUCCCCCAAAGAACUGAUGUGUGUUAAAAACCCAGUGAGGAACAAUUGGUGAUUUUUAUGCAGAAACUAAAUAAUUCUUAAUAAAUAAAUC